UAAUCAAGCUAAGAUAAACCUGGCGGCAUCCAAUCAUUCCUCUCCAUUCAUCCAAAGCCUUCAUCUUCAUCAACCGCAAGACCAAACUAGUUCUAGUUCUACUUUCGGUCGAAACAUGUCUGUCUCUCUGAACACAAACUUUCACCAACCAUCUCUGAGCGUGGGAACCAAGCUUUACUCGGGAUUAAAGCUUCAAUCACCAAGUUUUUUGGCUUUUGGGACACCUAACGUGAGUGCAGAAUUUUAUGGCAGGAUUCACAAGAGCCUUCAAUGCGGGACCCAGAAUCAUAAACCGAUAAGGGGGCGAAUCGCAAUGAUGCCUAUAGGGACACCAAGAGUUCCAUAUCGGACACCUGGUGAGGGAACUUGGCAAUGGGUUGAUCUAUGGAAUGCCCUUUACCGAGAGCGUGUUAUUUUCAUUGGGCAAAAUGUCGAUGAAGAAUUUAGCAACCAAAUAUUGGCAACAAUGUUGUAUCUUGACAGUAUUGAUGAUUCCAAAAGGCUCUAUAUGUACAUUAAUGGUCCUGGUGGAGAUCUUACGCCCACCUUGGCAAUUUACGACACUAUGCAGAGCUUGAAGAGUCCUGUUAGCACACAUUGUGUUGGCUUUGCCUAUAAUUUAGCAGCAUUUCUUCUUGCAGCUGGAGAAAAGAAUAACCGCUUUGCAAUGCCUCUUUCAAGAAUUGCUUUACAAUCUCCGGCUGGUGCAGCUCGUGGUCAGGCUGAUGACAUUCGUAAUGAAGCUGAUGAGCUUCUUAGAGUCAGGGAUUACCUUUAUAAUGAGUUGUCUAAGAAAACAGGCCAACCCGUUGAGAAGAUUAACAAGGAUUUAAGUAGGAUGAAACGCUUCACUGCCCAGGAGGCUCUUGAAUAUGGGCUGAUUGACCGUAUAGUGAGGCCUCCACGAAUUAAGGCAGAUGCACCACGUAAAGAUGCUGGAACAGGUCUUGGCUAGUUUAUCUUCUAUUUUUCACAGGUUCGGUUGCAGUUCUUAAAUAUAAUAUGUUUCAUAGAUUAUGUUUUUAUACUUGUUUUAGAACUAUGCACAUAGAAUGAUCGUUUUGAUAUCAAAGAUGCCUGAUGAAUGCUUAUAGUAAGCAUUACUAUGCGUUCAUUUUUCGAA